AUGGCAGAAGAGUACCGGAUACGUCUGGUAACCCUAGGGGCCGGAGGAUCCGGUAAAAGUUCAAUAGUGAAGCGGUUCCUGUUCAAUUCUUUCUGUGAAAAACAUCGUCCCACCGUGGAAGAUCUAUACUGCAGGGAAUUUGACUUGGAAUCUAUGACCCUGAAAGUCGAUAUCCUAGACACCGCUGGAGAUUUCCAGUUCCCAGCCAUGAGAAGACUUUCUAUUGCCACUGCACAUGCGUUCCUCCUUGUAUACAGUAUAGACAGCAUCGAAUCUUUCAAUAUAAUAAAAGAUUGCUUUCAAGAAAUUAGGGAACAAAAAUCCGAUUUCCAAGAAGUACCCAUAGUUGUUGUCGGCAACAAAACUGACCUAGGAGAAGACAAAAGAGCUGUUCCUAAAGAGGAUGCUGCCGAGUGGCUUUUCUGCGAAUUACCUCGUCUUAGGGCAAAAAUCCUGGAGUGUUCUGCAAAAGAAAACCACCAUAUCAAAGAAAUAUUCCGAGCUUUUCUCCAGCUCUCCAAAUUGCCACUUCCAGCCGAGGGUCUGAGGAGACGCUCCAGCGCUCAUGCAACAGCAGCUUCCAGCUCAAACGGAGCUUCCAACAGGUUGCAGUGUCCAUCGGAGACUUCUGAAGAUGGUUCGCCCGUGCAACAGCAGCGAACCUUCAAGCCACGAAGUCGGAGUCUCAUCAGACGCACCAGCAAAAAAGUGCAGAAGAUGAAAGACGCUGCUGCCACUGCAGCCCAUGGCACAACGGCCAACAUCGAUGACUGCUGCAUAUCUUGA